AUGUCAUCUACCGCGCUGAUCUUUGUCACCUGCUCGCUGAUACUGCUUGUGUUCUCUGACAACAUAUUCGAAAGCCAUCAAAUUCACGAACAAGGUGAUAUGAAUGGAAAUCACUUGAUUGAGGAAAAUAUUACAGGCUCAGGAGAACAUCCAGAACAUUUGGUCUAUAGUUCCAACUGUUCACGAGCCCGGCGGUCACAAUCUGACCAGUUUGACGAGCCCGAGAGCAUUUCUCAACCUCCGCCCAAUCCUGAAAACAAUGAAUACCGUGCUAAAAUUCAUCGUUGGCAACACGAUCAACUUCAGCACCAUCAGUUUGAGCUGGAUCAGGAGUUGGCCGAAGAAUCGGAUCAAGGAGAUGAUGAGGUCGAUGCUCAAGCUAAAGUGCUGAAAUCAGUUCAGAACGAUGAUCAGCCAAAGGACUGUUCAGCACCGAAAACAGAAGGAAGUUUUUGUUCAACAGCACCACAAAAACAGAUGUUUUACUACAAUGCUGAUCAAAAAAUGUGUCAACCGUUUAUGUUCAACGGCUGUGACGGAAACGGUAAUCGCUUCGAGAGCGCUGACGAAUGUCGACAACUUUGCGUGGACAGCGACAUGGCGAUCCAACAGGGACGAGGUGACAUGAGCCAGCUUCAGGCUUCAAUGAAAGGUAAGUCUGCCAUUCGUACGUUUCGAUAA